AACAAGCUGGCCCGGCUCAGAGCUGCCCAGGACGCUGCGCAGAGCAGAGGCGAGCAGAGCCCCUCCAGGCACCAGGCGCCCCAACCGGGAGAGGAGCCGCCCGCCUUCCCACCUCCUUCUCCCCGGACGUUGGUGUGAUCCUCCGAGCCUUGCCAUGGCGGCCCUGCAAGACCUGUGCCUGCUUCUUCUCUUGAUGUCGCCCUUUGGUGCCUCCAGAUCAAUUCAGAACCUGGUCCUGGAAGACAGCGAGGGGAGCGGGGACAGCGAGGGGGCUUCCCCCGGCCCCACUUCUGCCAGGGCGACGCUGAGUGCGAGUCCCACCUCAGGGAGCCUGGCGGUCGAUUCAGUCAACGGAACGUUGCACUCCUUCAACCUCCUGGACGGCAUUGUGAACUUCUUCCAGACGUACAUGCUCCUGAUCCUGGUGGUGGGCUCUCUUCUCCUCAUCUUCCUGUCCAUCGUGUGUGCAGCCGUCAUCACCCAGCAGAAGCACAAGGCCUCCGCCUAUUACCCCUCGUCUUUCCCGAAGAAGAAGUACGUGGAUCAGAGCGACAAGGCUGGGGGAGCCAAGGCCUUCAGCGAAGUCCCCGAGAAGACGUCCAAGGACAGCCAAGAGGAGCCGGUGGAUUCCACCAAGCAGUUGCAGGCGGACAUCUUAGCUGCGGCCCAGAACCUCAAGUCUCCAACCAGGGUCGUGGCGAAUGGGAAAAGUGGCCCCGUGGAAGACCCACCCGUGGAAGGAAAAGAGGAAGGGCCCCAGAAAGCGGAAGACGUGGAGGAGGGCAGCUCCAAAGAAGAAGAAGAAGAAGAAAAAGAAGGAGAAAAACCACCCACUGAGGCUGAGCUGCCUCCAGAGACAUCAGCGCCAAACAAUUUGGUGGAUGCUGAGACCAAAGAAGAAGAGGUCCCAUCGCUGGUGGUGGAGACCCAUCCAUCUCCUCCUGAGGAGCCCAAGGAAGCCCCACCACCCACCGAGGAACCUGCCAUGCCUGCCUCCGAAGGGGAGAAGGAGCAGAAGGAAGAGCCCAGCGCUCCACUGACUCUCGACCCCACAGAAGAAUCCAAAAACUGAAUGGGGGUCACUUCCCAUCACUGGGGGGGGAGGACAGCUGACCAUAUGAAAUCUACAGGAAUCUGUUUAUCAAAUAGAAGGGAGCAGAUCUUUUACCUUACCUGCAAAGGAGACAAGUUAGCCACCUCCCACCCUCCCGAGAAAUACCUGAAAGUUCUGCAUUCCUGCCGUUUUGCUUUAAUGGACUUUCUCCAGUUAUGCAGACUUGCCCAAGUCUGCUGCCCUCCAGCUGCAGAAGACCACGGCUUCCAUCGUCCCCUGCCAACCUGCCCAGGGAGGUGACGAGAGUUGCUUAACGCACCUGGGGGGAGGGGAAGUUGAGUGGCCGCAGCGUCAUAAUGUCGCUACUCAACCAGGUAUCACUGAGAAGGUACGGUAGAGCUUAUUUUAGGAGACCCGUUGAAGACACAUCGUCUUCAACGGGGUUCCAGGAUUCUUCUGGAGGAACCAUCCCAGUAUCGUCCUCCAGGACUUUCCCACUUUCAGGGAGAACAUACCUGCACAUACAUACAUGCUUACGUAAUGUUUGAGGUGGGCCCUUCGGGUGAGCAUCUAACUCUAUAUCAGUCCCUAAUUCUGGACCAAGGUUGUGUGCACAGAUGAUUGGUCAACCUUUCUAUCAAUCAUGAAGUCAUCCAAACCUCUUUUUCUUCUUCUUCUUCUUCUCUCCGAUGCGGAUGAGAUCUUCUUUGGGCAAACUUGAAGUUAUUUCACACCUGUGUUUCUUUUAAAGCAAUCUUGGUUCAACUCUGUUUAGUUGUCCUUUAUAUCAGUGAUUAAUUCAUUUACUUUUAGUAUCAGCUCUGAAAGUUGAACUUAUGGCGGUAUUUAGUUUCAGAACGGUCAACCUGAAAUCAGAUUUUUAUGUACAAUUUCCAGCCAAGCAAUGACAACAAUAUAGGAUCCACCACUCAGUCCAAGUUUUUUUUUUUUUAAAUCUGGUUUCUGAGAAUCCUUAACUGUAAGUUCUCCAGAUGCUUUAGGAGAUCUGAUUGCUCAAGACAACCAACCUUGGGGAGAAUCUGAUGACGUUUCUGAUAAUCGUUCCUCUUAACGGUCUACAAAUAUUCAAACUUUUGUGUGGAGGGGAAGAUACUGAAGACUUUCAUGAGUGAAUGAAGCUCAACAAUGUUCAAUGUUCAAUCCUGAAUUUUUUCACUUGUCAAAAUGGUUAAUUUUCAGAGGCCUCAUAUUUUUCAGCAUUUAAACACACUGAAAAUGUUUUCUGGGCAUUUUUAAACUCAGCUAUGGGGUGGAGGGAAGACUUUUGGUCAAUUUUUAAAAAUGUUUUUAUAUUUUGACUGGGGAACAUUGGAUUUCAGAUUUCCAGGUGCUAAUCUUCCUAGGCCAACUAGAAAAAUAUUUCAGUAAGUCUUAGAGCUGAAGCAAGUGAGAUUAACCUGGUUUGCGACAAGCCUUGAAGAAGCUGGGUGCCAGGAGAACUUAUUUGCAACAAAAAUUCCUCCUUGGUUUUUCCCAGCCUCUUUGCAAAGGUUCUGCUGAUAUUUAUGACUUUUCCUCCCACUGGGCUCUCCCAGGAUGAUCCUUGUAAUCCUAGUAAAAACAUCUAUAAAUUUAGCUGACAAGAGACAUUUAUUGUAGUUUUGAGGACUUAUCUGGGGUAGGGUUUAGUAGGUUGACCCUCUCUGGCAGGGUCUCUGCAGUCCUACACUUCAGGGCCAUUUCUGAAUGAGAGACUCUAAGGGGGGGGGCUGUCAAAGACAAUAUUUGGAACUUUGCAACAAGCUAAACCCCAACUGGGUUAGCAUGAAGAGGGUCUGAUGAACUUCUUUCUCAGCAUCUCCUUCUACAGCUUCCUAAACCUGAAAACACGAGGAAGGGCAGAGUGUUGAUAAAAGCACAAAAUAGACAACUUCACUUUCCAGCUGUUCCAACCCAGCCCAUGGGUGGCUAAAGUCCAGGAGUGGCAGAAACUAGAUGCCCAAACACCUGGAACUGUGUUUCUCAAGCUUUAAGGUGUUUUGCACUUCAGCCCCCAGAAUUCCGCAGCCAGCACGGUUUAAUUGGUUGAUAUGGCCAAUGAUUUAAAAGAACAAAUGGCCCAAAUUCAAUAAAAUGCCGUGACUGUGAUGUUCCCUUGCCUGAGGCCCCCUUCAAGCCUACAGUGAGUCCAAAUGUAUUUUUCUCCGUUAUAGAUGUAUGUCCCAUUAAAAAGAAACGAUGA